AUGCCGUUUUUCAGCCGCCCGCGCACAGAAGCCGAGCGCGCCGACCGUCGCGCACGCAAAGAGCUCGAGCGCUUGGCCAAGACGCAGCGCAAGUACGCGGCCAUGGAGCACAAGGCGCAAGAAGCGCAGCGCAAGCAGCAGGAAAAGCUCGCGACACGGCGCGAAAAGGAGGCGCAGCAGCAGGCGAAACAGGCGCAGCGCGAGGCGGCCAAAGCGCGGAAACGCGCCGAGAGAGCCACUGCCAAGCGCGGGGGGCGCUUGGCCCGGCAGGCGGCGCGUUUGCGUGGCGGUCAUCGGCGCGAGGGACAGGACGAGCACCCCGUCUCUUGUUCCGCCACGGCCUCGCAGAGCGACGUAGCCGGAGCGGCCUCGCUUGGCCCGUUUGCCAACAGUGCGCACUGCGCCGUCUGCGGCAAGAAGUUUGGCCCGGCGUUGCACCGUCGACGGCACCACUGUCGGCAGUGUCGAGCGAGCUGCUGUGUGCAGUGCACGAGUCAGACGCGCCACGUGGUGCCGCAGACGGGCCGCACGACGCGGCAGAAAGUCUGUGUGGUGUGCGACACACUGAUCUUUUCGGCCGUGCGGCACGGGGCGUCGGCAUGUUCGCCUCGUGCACCGACUGCUGCGGCUGCUGCCGUCCGUGAACCGGCCGAAGCGAUUGUGGCACUGGCUGCAGCGCAUCGGCGCGCGUCGGCUGGACGACGGCCACGCUCGGCGCCGCUGCCGCAGACGGCUGGCGUCGCUGUUGCCCGGCCGUGUACACGCGGACCACGGGCCCGUGCGAGCCAGAGCAGCUCGCGGUGGCAGCUGCUGCGGUCAGGGUUGCGGAGCCAGACGAGACGCGCCGAGCGCGUGCGCAAUGGCGGCCUGGACUUGGACUUGCAGCUGGACAAGCGCGCCCUGUUUAUGGGCCGCGCCAUUGCGUUGCAGCCACAAGCCAUCGCUCAGCCGGCGAUGAUGCGCGCACAAGGACGGGACGCGUAA